AAUUGUCAUUACUUUUUCUGUUAUUUUUUUAGUAGUGUUUUUAUGUUGUUUUAUACAGUUACUUAAUUUUUUUUUUCUCAGUCAUCCCAAGGUGGUCCCACUCACAAUGGAUCUCAGUCUGAAGAUGCUCUUCGUACUUCAGAAAAUGAGGAUGAUGAAGAUUCCACUUCGGAGGAAGACGAGGAUGAUAAAUUCGACGAUGACAAAGGAGAUGAUCAUCAUGACGAUGAAACUGAUGAUGAUGAUGAUGAUCUGGGUGGAGAUGGUGUUGGUGCUGGUCAGGAUGAGGCUCACACGGGCGAUGUUCGUAACGAUGAGGGUGUUGUUGUCCCCGCGGUUGUUUCGAGGGAUGAUGAUACCGGCAAGGUCGAUGAUGCCAAGAAUUCUGACCCUGUGGAACCUAUUGCAGAGAUCAAACAGCCUGAUCAGUCUCAAGGUGGGGAGGAGAACAUUGAUGUUGAUGCAACAAUUGCAUCUGCUGUUAAAGCUGUGGAGAAUUUGGUUUGUGUUUAUGUUUUUUUUUUUUUUAUAUUUGUAUUUAUUUGGUAUUAUAUUGUUGUUUUUAUGGUGUUUUUAUUGUACUGUUUGAAAUUUAAAAAUAAGUCUUUUUAUUUAUCCUUUCUCUUUUUUAGAUUGGUUCCUCAACUCAUGCCCCUGCUCCUGUUGAGACUUCUGAGAAGACUGAUCUUGAAAUGGUUGUUUUUCAAGAGACUCCUAUUUUACGUCCUCAAAAGAGGGAUCGGAAGAAAGGAGCUGUUUUGAAAUCCCCAUUCAUUGAGCUUGCUUCUGGUGCAUCUAAAUCAGGUUCAUCCUCGGUUUCUCCUGAUGAUUCUGUGUAUAAGGUCGUUAAAUAUGUGCGUGGUUUGUGCCCGUUGGACAACAAGAUUGGUGAACCUGUUGAUCCGCAAUUGGAAGCUGGGUUUGUCAAGUGGGUUGAUUCAGGUCUUAGAAAGCAUAAAUCUAACACAACAACUAAUGUGUAUUGUAAGGGUAAGGACACUAUAUUUCCGCCAUUUCGUUUUGGUGUUGAGGACAUCAGCAACAAGAUGUGGUUUCACAACCUUGCCUACCCUAAUUGUUUCCUUACCAAUUCUCACAUUGACAUCAUUUUCUAUUAUCUUCGUAAGAAAAUAAUGUACUCAGCCGAGCCGAAAAUCAAAGUCACCACAACUGAUUGCCUCUUUUGUUCUAGCAUAACAACUUUGUAUGAGAGGUUUGUUGAGAAAAACAACGAUAUAUCUGUGUUGUCUCUUUCUCACAAUGUGGCCCAGUACAUUCAAGGUGGUAAGAUAUUAUGUGCCACUCCUUGGCAUUUGGUUGAUAUGCCUAUCAAUGUAAAAUUACAGGAUCAUUGGAUUUGUGGUCGUCUUAACAUAGUUGACAGGCGCAUAUAUCUGUACAAUUCACUGCGUUCUGGGAGGUAUAUGACUGCUGCCAAAGAGGCUUGCAAGCCUUUCUCUGUUAUUUUACCAUAUUACUUCUCUAUGUUAGACUUCAAAGGCCUUCGCAACGAAACUAAGUUUAGCACUAUGGAACCGUUCCCUAUUGUUGCUGUUGAUGGUUUACCCGAGCAGGUCACAGCUGAUUGUGGUGUUUUUGUUGCAUCAUUUGCUGAGUAUUUCAUUGAUGGCAAACCCAUCCCAUCCUCUGAUUUUGAUGUGGAAAUUCACCGCGAUCGUUUGGCUGCGUUAUUUUAUCAUUAUGGGAUGAAGAAGCAAACUGAGAACAUUGAAAGUGAAUCCGAGGCCCCUCCCAGCCUUCCCAAGAAGUGAUUUGCUUUUUCAAUCAGACUGUCAUUGUUCUUAUAGUUUUUUAAUGUUGUUUUAAUGUUUUUCAUGUUGUUUUUCGUAAACAAACAUUGGUGUUCUGUUGUUUUUCCUUACGCUUUGUGUGGACAAUAUGUAAUCUUUUAUUUUUGUAUGUUUUUUCUUAUUAUUUUUAUGUACAAACAAGUUGGUAUGUUAAAGUUGUUUGUUUUUUCAUUUCA